GUCCAUUUUCUAUACAUGAUGUGGCCCACCUGAGAAGUAAAAUAGUCUGAUUUAUAGGGUAGGAUAACUAAGAAGUGGGACCCACAUUAUGGAAAGCUCAGAUCUUGUAUACGUGCUCCAUAUUUAUAUACUUAGCUGCGUGUGUAUGGAAAGAGCACGCACACGCGAGUGGAAUUAGCAAGCAUUUGAUAUAUAUACGGUCCAAAAAUCCAACGGCAUCCACCUUCCCACCAUCUUUCCUCUUCAACCACAAUUCCGCAGCAUUCCACAUGUGGAAUCACCUCCCCUUUGAUCUGCUUGCCCACAUCUUCUCCUUCCUCCCUCCAGACUCCUUGGCACGUGCCACAUCAGCAUGCAAGCACUGGCACACGUGUGCCAAGACGUGCCCCGUCAGUGCAGUCUCUUUGGCGACGGGGCCCCACCGUCACCCUCCAUGGUUCCUGGCCAUACAAGCACGUGAUCGGAGCGGCUCUUGUUACGCCUACAACCCAGCUCUGGAUCGAUGGCACGUGCUACCCCUCGACUUCGUUCCUGAUCCAAUUCGACCGGUGGGCCCGAUCGGUGGCCUCCUCCUCUGUAGGCCAGCGAUCGCAUGUUCCGUACACCUGAUCAUAUGUAACCCGUUCACUAGACGUUAUCGGCUACUUCCACCGUUGAUCACCGCACGUGCCAAUCCUGCGAUAGGCGUGAUCAGCUUCGGCGAUCAGCACGUUCCUUCUUUCCAGGUCUACGUCGCCGGUGGCAUGUCAGACAUUUCAUGCGGCGGCGGGGCCUCCUAUGAGCCCACAUUGGAGAUGUACGACCCCAAAUCCGACACGUGGCUCAAUCUCGGUGCGAUGCCGGUGGAAUUUGCGGUCAGGCUGACAGUUUGGACACCGAACGAGAGUGUGUAUGCCGACGGCGCCUUGUAUUGGAUGACAUCCGCACGUGCCUAUAGUGUGAUGGGGUUCGAGGUGCGAUCUCGCACGUGGAGGGAAGUAAAAGCCCCGAUGGCUGAUCAGCUAGAGUGUGCGGCGAUCGUGCGACGCAUGGGACGGUUGGCUAUUUUCGGAGGCACGUGUGGAGGUGGGGCAUGUAUAUGGGAGCUUGGUGUGGGGGAUGAGUGGACACUGAUUGAAGUGGUCCCAAAUGAAUUGGGUAGGAGGUUUCUGGGGGUUAAGGGUAGCUGGGGUAGUACUAAAUGUGUAGGGUGUGAUGAGGCCAUGUAUUUGUAUAAAGACCUUGGGUGGGGCAUGUUGGUUUGGAGGGAGGUCCCACAUAAGGCGAGGUGGGAAUGGUUUUGGGUUGAUGGGUGUACUGAGGUUAAGAGAGUGGGUGCGCCCAAAGUCCCAUUCAAGGGGGUGAUACUUCACCCAACCCUAGCUCCUCUUUUACAUGCUUCAUAAAU